GGCGCUAUUCAUGAACAUUUAUCCCCUCACACAUCACAAAGAGGCAAGGAGGAUGGUUUUAUGCCAAAUCACCACUACAGAAACACUCAGAUGAACCCACGGGAACGCCACACACCUGGACGCACCACUCGGACUUAAAACACUGCGAGCAGGCCUACUCGAUCACUCAAAUGACGUUCUCGGACUAAACUUCCAGAUCCAAACAUGGAGCUGCGGGCUAGCCGAUAUUGCUAAGAGUAGCAAAACAACAUAGCCGCCUGUCAGGAUUCCUCUAUUUUGCCGUGAGACUACAGUCUGUUGCAGUGCUGCUGUCUCCGAUCUUGUCACUUCACACCGUCCUGUUGUUAUUUUGGACCAAGACAGGACAUGACACAAUUUUGACAGUCAACUUGUUUACCUCGAGUCAUUUGAAUGGGGCGGCGGAGUUGCACAGUUCGUUUCGCUAUUUAAUUCCUGAACGGGUGUCGUUCACUGCUUCAAGGGAAAUGUUAAGAGACAAAAUGCUGUUGGGGAGUCACUGGAAGUCACGAUAUAAAAACACCUUUGGACCUGAUGCAGGAGUCCUGCUGUGGUUGUGCGUGGUGGCCCUGUUGGCUUGCGGCAAUGGUGCGUUAGGGGAGACCAAAUAUGUCAUUCAGAAAGAAGGCGAGUUUGAUGUUAUCUAUAAUGACACAGUUACGAGUGAAAAUCUGACGAUCUAUACCUUCAAUCACACCGUCUCCAGAACUAAGACGGAAGGAGUUCGUGUAUCCGUGGACGUACUGUCGCAGAACCUCAAGAGUCCGAUCCUGUUUGUGGUGCGACAGAAGCAAGCUGUGCUGUCCUUUCAGGUCCCCCUCAUCCUCAGAGGCCUGUAUCAGAGGAAGUACCCAUACGAUCAUUUGGGCCGCACAUUAUGCCAACCUCCAACACGGGCCGCAUCAGAGACCCAGUUCUUCUUUAUAGAUGUGUCGACACUUUCCAGCCAGGAUACAAACUACCAGCUUAGGGUCAGUCGCGUUGAAAGCUUCAUAUUGCAGACAGAAACGAAAUUCAGUUUCACUGCAUCCCCCUCCCAACCUCAGUACUUCAAGUAUGUAUUUCCUGAAGGGGUGGACACUGUGAUUGUGAAGGUCAGCUCGGACAUGAACUUCCCCUGCUCCGUUAUGUCCAUCCAAGACAUUCAGUGCCCCGUCUAUGACCUCGACAACAAUGUGGCCUUCAUUGGAAUGUAUCAGACUAUGACGAAAAAAGGUGCCAUCACAGUACAGAGAAAAGAUUUCCCCAGCAACAGUUUUUACGUGGUGGUUGUGGUAAAAACAGAAGACGAGGCCUGUGGGGGUCCACUGCGCUUCUACCCGCUACGCCCCGAUGAGCUGAUCGACGCUGGUAACCGCAGCAAAACCCUUGACGUGGUGGUCUCCCUUGCUAUAAAAUCAGAGGUAUAUGUGAUGGGCAUGCUACUAUGUCUUGGAAUUUUCCUCUCCUUCUACCUUGUCACUCUGCUGGUGGCCUGUGUGGCGAAUAAACGAGCCAGGAGGAGAGAGCUCUUUGAAAAUAUUGAUGACACAUCACCAGCUGAGACAGCUUCUCUGCUGGGGAAAAAUGGAGAUGACAAGGUUACAGCUUCACCAAAUGAAUACGGCUCCCUCGAUAGCACAGUCAGUUCGGAAGCAGUCACCGAGAGCGCCCCCUCACUUGACAGUGCGGCUUCAGCUGACCACUACAUGGGAAGGGAACCUUUUAAACGUCGACCAAUCGUCACUCAACUGCACCACACAACCAUCUGUAUUGAACGGACUGGUUGGAAAAGUGCCGGAAGAAGCAGACAAGAGUCAUUGAGCUCUAUAGAAGAAGAUGACUAUGACACACUGGAUGACAUCAACUCAGACAAAAAUAUUGUUCGCACCAAGAAGUAUCUUUGUGUGUCUGACCUGUCGCGCAAAGACAAGAGGGUCCUCAGCAAGAAAUAUCAAAUCUACUUCUGGAACAUCGCCACCAUCGCUGUGUUCUACGCUCUGCCUGUCAUCCAGCUGGUCAUCACAUAUCAAACGGUUGUCAAUGUCACGGGGAACCAGGAUAUCUGCUAUUACAAUUUCAUGUGCGCUCACCCUCUCGGAGCUCUCAGUGCGUUCAACAACAUCCUCAGCAACCUCGGCUACGUGAUGCUGGGCCUCCUCUUUCUCCUCAUCGUCCUCAAGAGAGACAUUGUUCACAAUCGAGCCCUGGCCUGUAAUGAAGUCAAUGCACUGGAAUGUGGCAUCCCAAAGCAUUUUGGUCUCUUCUAUGCCAUGGGCACCGCUCUCAUGAUGGAGGGCCUACUCAGCGCCUGCUACCAUGUCUGCCCCAACUACACCAACUUCCAGUUUGACACGUCCUUUAUGUAUAUGAUCGCUGGCCUGUGUAUGCUGAAGCUGUACCAGAAGAGACACCCCGACAUCAACGCCAGCGCUUACACUGCCUACGCCUGCCUGGCCGCAGUCAUCUUCUUCUCCGUGCUCGGAGUGGUGUUCGGGAGAGGUAACACUGUGUUUUGGAUCGUUUUCUCAGUCAUCCAUAUAUUGGCCACACUUCUCCUCAGCACACAGCUCUACUACAUGGGCAGAUGGAGGCUCGAUUCUGGCAUUGUGCGCAGGAUGGUUUAUGUCGUCUACACAGAUUGUAUUCGACAGUGCACCGGGCCCACGUACAUUGAUCGCAUGGUUCUGCUAGUAAUGGGCAACAUAGUCAACUGGUCCCUCGCUGCCUACGGCCUCAUCGAGAGACCCAAUGACUUUGCCUCCUACCUGCUGGCCAUCGCAAUCUGUAACCUUCUGCUCUACUUUGCCUUCUACAUCAUUAUGAAGCUGCGCAGCGGUGAGAGAAUCCAGUGUCUGGCGCUGGUGUGUAUUCUCUUCACGGCGGUGGUGUGGGGCUUUGCGCUCUAUUUCUUCUUCCAGGGUCUUAGCACCUGGCAGAAAACACCGGCAGAAUCUCGUGAGCACAACCGCGACUGCAUCCUGCUUUCAUUUUUCGACGAUCACGACAUUUGGCACUUCCUCUCUUCCAUCGCCAUGUUUGGCUCCUUCUUGGUUCUGCUCACUAUGGACGAUGACCUUGACACUGUCCAGAGAGACAAGAUCUACGUGUUUUAAAUUGGACACACCUGAAGCGCUCCUCAUUUGCCUUAUCGUCCUUUUUGGUCCGUCCACGUCCAAAAGCAGAGCCAGUAGCCUUUCCGGCCGUCACGGCCCCAUCAGCUGCUCGGGCGGGGUAGGUGCAAGGUCGCCCCUCCCUCCAAUCAACAGUUUAUCGAUGCUGAACAUUUCUCUCAUCUCGCUGCCAUCAAUAAUUGUAUUGCUGAUGUACUUGAUGUUUACUGUCUACAUUUGAGAUAUAUAUAUAUAUCCUAUUUUGCUCAAACUACAGCCUGAAUCUGAUUAUUGUUCACAAUGUACUGAAACAUGACUGAAAAUGAAUGUUUAUAUUUGUCAAAUGUCAUUUGCUAAAUGUGUUUUUACAAAUCCCAAUGGCAGGGUUUUAUCGUGUGAGUCACAAAGAAACCAGCCAAUGUAAUUAUAUUGUCAUGAUAGUUUCAGAUGCGAGAAAAGGUUCGGGGUUUUUUUGCAUUAAAAAAAUCAUGUCGGUUAUGUUAAUCAACGGUUAUUAAAUAAAGAUUCCUUGUCAUAUAA